AUGACUAGAGGACGUCAACUGAGUCAAACAAACCAUGAUGAAGCAGCCGAUUCCAUAGAUGCCAUUGCAAAUAAGGUCUGUGAAAAGUUUGCUAGUGUAAUGGAGGCGAAAAUUGAUAAGAAACUGAAUAGUCUUGAAUGCAGCAUCAACGAAAAAUUCUCCGAACUUCAGUCAACCAUGUCGAGUCUCAAAAAAACUGUUUCUUCAAACAGUCACACUAUUGAUAAGCUUGAGACUCAAACGGAAAGACAAAUUCAAUAUAACCAACGUAGUAGUCUACGAUUCUUAGGGUUGGAAGCUACAAAUGGAACUGAGGAUAUAGUACGAACGGUACUUAAUUUUUUACAACAGGAUCUCAAAAUAAAAUGUGAUCAGCGAGAUUUGGAUUCAGCUUAUCGAGUUGGGCGUGCUAUAAGGGUUCAAUUCAUAUCCAAUUUGAUGUGCAAUCAAGUAUUCAAUGCCCGCAAGUUGAUGAGGAACUCCAAAGUUUCUAUCUUCGAAGAUUUGACUAAGAAAAAUUAUGAUCUCCUGAAGAAAGCAAAAGAAAUAUAUGGAAUCAAAGGAGCGUGGUCACUAGGAGGCAAAGUUUUUAUCCGAUCCAAGGAUGAUAAUACCAAAAAACUCGUUCUCUCUGAAAACGAUCUAUAAGUGAGCAG